AGCAAGAGGCCCUGGAGUCGCUGGGAGAUUUGGAGCAUCAACGGUAACGAUGACCCCCCUGCUUCUGCUGUGUGUGUCCUUGCCCUUCAUCGCGGCAACUGUAGUGUUACAGCUUGAAAACCAUGACGACAUGGACGGCACGAUGCGUGUCAGCAUCCCCUUGGAGGUGCCUCUGCGUCCUCUGCUGGGCAGCAAGGUGGUCGUACCGUGUUACUUCCAGGACAACACAGUGAAUGACCCCGGGGUCCGCACCGUGACCCCGCUCUCACACCGCAUCAAAUGGAGCUAUGUCUCCAAGGAGAAAGUCACCACGAUCCUGGUGGCGUCCGAGGGGAAAGUCCAGGUGGAGACGGAGUAUCUAGACAGAGUGACGAUGAUCAACUACCCACUGGUGGCCACCGACGCCACCAUGGAGAUCACAGAGCUGCGGUCCAAAGACUCGGGAACGUACCGCUGCGAGGUGCUGCACGGCAUCGAGGACAACUACGACUCUGUGGACAUUCAGGUUCAGGGUAUUGUGUUCCACUACCGGGCCAUCACCACCCGCUACAGCCUGACAUACGAGAAGGCGAAGGCCGCCUGCCUCCAGAACAGCGCCACCAUCGCCACCCCCGCCCAGCUGCAGGCGGCCUACGAUGACGGAUACCACCAGUGUGAUGCUGGAUGGCUCUCUGAUCAGACUGUCAGGUAUCCGAUCCGUGAGCCCAGAGAGCAUUGCUUUGGAGACAAGGAGGAAUUCCCAGGCGUGAGAACCUAUGGCGUGAGAGAUGUCAACGAGACCUACGACGUGUACUGUUUUGCUGAGAAACUUUCAGGCAGGGUCUUCUACUCCAUGUCUGUAGAAAAGUUUAGUUUCUACGAAGCAGGAGAUCAGUGUAACAAACUGGGCGCUCGGCUCGCCAACACCGGAGAGCUCUACCUGGCCUGGAAGGACGGCAUGGACGUGUGUAACGCCGGCUGGCUGGGAGACAGGAGCGUUCGCUACCCCAUCAACAUCGCCAGGCCUCAGUGUGGAGGGGGGCUCAUUGGAGUGAGAACCGUCUACCUGUUCCCCAACCAGACAGGAUACCCCUACCCAGACUCUCGCUAUGAUGCCGUCUGCUUCCAAGCUGGAGAGGAUUCCAAUGCUAUUCCCGUGAGAACGACCCCUUUCCCAGACAUUAUCCGCAUGACACCCCCCCCUGGGCCGCACCCGGGCUUCACCCCCUCACCGGGAGCAGAGGAGAGCAAGACUGGAGGAGUUGACACCUUGUUCGCAUUGCCCAUCCCACCUAGUAUGACAGAUGUAGAUACUGCCAUGGCUCCAACAGGUGUGGUGUUUCACUACCGUCCCAUCACCGGUCGGUACACUCUGAGCUUCGUGGCGGCUCAGCAGGCGUGUCAGAGCGUCGGCGCGGUCAUCGCCAGCGGCCAGCAGCUGCAGGCGGCCUUCGAGAAAGGUCUUCACCAAUGUGACGCCGGCUGGCUGCGAGACCAGACUGUCAGGUAUCCCAUCGUGUCGCCCAGAGAUAACUGUGCUGGUAAUCUGCCUCACAUCCCCGGAGUCCGAUCCUACGGCCUGAGACCAGCAAGCGAACAAUUCGAUGUGUUUUGUUAUAUGGAACGUCUGAAAGGUGAGGUCUUCUUCACCAGUGACUACGACAGCUUCUCGUACGAGGAGGCUGUGCAGCACUGUCAGAAACUCAACACGACGCUGGCCACCACCGGACAGCUGUUUGCCGCCUGGAACCAGGGGCUGGAUAAGUGCCGCCCGGGCUGGUUGUUGGACCGCAGCGUCCGCUUCCCCAUCACAACCCCCAGGUCCCACUGUGGAGGAGGGCAGGUCGGCGUCCACAUGAUCUACGCCUACCCCAACCAGACAGGAUUCCCCGAUGAGCACUCACGCUACGACGCCUAUUGUUUCAAAGCUGAAAUUCCAGUCGACCACGUUGACAAUGAAACCAGUAUUGAUCUGAUUGAUUUCUUGACGGUGGAUGUGAUAAACAAGACAAUAGUCAAAGUUGAUCACUCGGUUCCCACAGUUGACACCACUGUACACUACAAUGAAACUGAAACCAGUGUAAACAUUACCGAAAUAGAGGAGUUUGUCAACAAGACAACCGUCACAACUCAACAAGUUGCUCCCACUGUGAGUCCAAUUUUACCUCCAAUCCCUGUUGAUGUGUCCGGCUCUGGAUCAGCUGAACAUUCAACCAGCGGAGAGAUCCCAGAGGAGUCCAUCACCUCGGGGUCCAGUGGUGAUUCCUCCGGUUCGGGACAGGUCCUCUUCAGCGGACGCCCUGACGUCUUCUCCGGGGGUGAGUCCACCUCUGGAGGGCCGCAGGAGGCAGAAGGAGGAAGCGCCGUGUUCGUCUCAUCCGGAGAAGGUGGUAGUCAAUCUGGAUCUGGAUCUGAGGAAGGGUUCGACGGACAGCACUCUGGCUUCAAGUCAUCCGGAUCAGGUUUUACCAGCGGAAGUGGGGACAUUAGUGGUAGCAGUGGAGACUCAAUGAUCAUCAUGGUGGACGGGAAUAUGAAGGAGGUGUGGCCAACUCCCCCAAGACCCACUGAGCAGGAGUGGGGCCAGGGAGGCAUUGACAGCAGUGGGGUUAACUUGGAGUCGAGCGCCUCUGGAUCUGGAAGUAUGUCCGGGUCAGGCUCCGGUGGAAUUUCUGGCAUCUCAUUCGUCGACCAGGGUGGCGUCGACCUGACAGUCCAGCCGUCCGGUGAGCAGGAGGUGUCUGGAUAUCGUCCGUUUGGAUCCGGGUUCCACAGCGGCUUUACAUCCGGUGUCUCAGGCAGCGGCUCCGGCUCCGAGGACUUUAUCCAGCAUCGAGGGGACGUCAUCUACCUCACGGACAACAACAUGAUGGAAGUGACCGAAGCGCCACAGAUACGCCACCCAGAGCAUGGCCGAGGAGUGGUGGAGAUCAGCGGGCAAGGCAGUGGGUCAGGGAGCCAUCAUGAGUUCAGUGGCACCUUCGACAUUAACAUGCAUCACUCCGGAAGUGGAGUCCUUCAUGAAUUAUCUUCUCAGACUACAAUCUAUGAGGAAACUACCAGAACCGACCAAUCAGGACACGAGGAAGAGGAUCAGGAAAGACAGGCAGAACCUACAGUUUAUGCCGUGACUCCAGACGCAGCCUACACCAGCCCUACCACAGCACCGUCGGUGUCCUACGCAACUCCUUCUGUCAUGGAGCAGCCUGAAGUAGUGGAAGACCCCUGUGAUCCAAACCCCUGCGGUUCAGGGUCCUGCUCGGUGCAGGAGGAGCUCGCCGUGUGUCAGUGUCCGACUGGUUUCUCUGGGGUAGACUGCUCGACACCUGUGCAGGGCUGUGCAGAGGGCUGGCUGGAGUUCAAGGGCAGCUGUUACCUCCACUUUGCUGAGAGAGACACCUGGUCUGAGGCCGAGCAGCGCUGCCAGGAGGUCAACGCCCACCUGGUCAGCAUCGGCUCCCAGGACGAGCAGCAGUUUGUCAACUCCAAUGGCCAGGACUACCAGUGGAUUGGACUGAACGACAAAGACGUGCAGAAUCAGUUCCGCUGGACAGACGGCAGUCCUCUGUCUUUUGAGAACUGGAGGCCCAACCAGCCAGAUAACUACUUCAACUCUGAGGAGGACUGUGUGGUGAUGAUCUGGCACGAGGGCGGACAGUGGAACGACGUGCCCUGCAACUACCACCUCCCCUUCACCUGCAAGACUGGACCUGCCAUGUGUGGAUCCCCUCCUGAGGUGGAGCACAGCCGGCCGAUGGGCAGCGGCAGAGAGCGAUACCCCGUCGACUCUAUAGUCCGCUACCAGUGUGACGCCGGCUACACACAGCGCCACCUGCCCGUCAUCCGCUGCCUGCCCGACGGACAGUGGGAGCAGCCUCAAGUGGAAUGUACAGAAGCCGGCGCCAACAGCAACAGGCUACACAAAAGAUCCCUCAGGAGGAGAAGUAAAGGCGUCAGGAGCCAAUAGGAACAGAGGAAGCUGCUCUGAGCAUGAGUAAAAAGGACAUACAACAGAGAGCCACAAAGGACCCCCCCCCCCCCUCUUGUAAAGAAGCAUGGACACCAAUGCAAAUGCCCGACCAAAAAGAUAACAUUCCCCACCGUGUACACUACACACUAAAGCACAUUUAGACAGUGGUAGUGUAAUUGUUUUGGAUCUUUGAGUGUCACCCUGCACCUUCUGAAGGCGGUUUCUAUAGGUAUUUAUACUGUCUGAUUUAUAGCUAGUAAUUGGAAGCAUUAUCUCAAUGCACAUUCUGACAUUUCCUGCAAUCAUUUGCCAGCACUGCACACAGAGUUAAGGUAGAGUGACAUGAGAGGUUUUAGAGUGACACGCAAAGUCCAAAACAACCAAUUAAAAGAAGUGUUUUCGAUUGCAGCUGGAUUCUCUGAAGUCAAACACAUAGACUUUUGCUAUGUUUUUAGGGUCUUUUUCUAGAUCUGUGUUUCGUAGUCAUUUUUAUAUCUUUUAUUUGAUCUUUAAGGACUACAUGUUCUUCAGACUGGUGAAAUACUGUUUUAUGUUUUUUUUUUACAUAAUAGGCGAAUACAGUGACCCCUUAAAAUACAGCCAUAAGCUCUUGUUAACAACAUAGAGAACUGUGAAGGUGAAGUUUAUUUGUAUUUGAUUUAUCAGAGCCUUGACGCUUACAAUAUUGCAUAACAUCCCAAAUAUGAGUACAAGCAAGGGCAAGAGAUGAUGCCCCUGUGCAACAACACAACCGCAGUAUCAGCAAUACUGACAUGAUUGUGCUGUUCCAACUGAUGAUGAAUAUAGAAAUCAAGACGUAAAUAAAGUCAAACCUGGAUUGAAAUAAUCAGCACUCAUGCACUUUUAGGAGUCUUCAGUCACUUCUGUGCUAAUCAUUUGAAUCCAGUGCACCUUAAACAUAUCCUCAUCUGUAGCUGACACAUGGCAAGGAAACUGAAUAAAAGUGAGAUCUACAGUAUGACACUGAAUUGGUUGCUUUUGGCAAAAGAUGUCCUCCCAAUUGUUUGCAGGUUUACAUUUGCCAUUUCUCCAGAGCAAUCGAUGUCAGCACCGUCAGGUCAUGCUUUUAUGAGAUUCAGUGUUUGCUGAAUGAAGUUUCUCACUGUAAAUACUCUCUUUACAAUUCUCUGAACAGCAGGAUCUGUCAAUGACCUACACAGAGCAGACAAUUUAAUUGUUUAGUUCAUCAUCAAUCCGUUUGUUGCUUUGUUAGUUUAAAUAGCUGUUAAGUUGCAGCUAUGAGUUAUUUAUCAAGCAGGAAUGACUUUUGAUUUUGACAAACAGCGUAUGAAGACACAAAAUGAUUUUUCGAAUAAAGACAUCUUUGUGGAAGUUCCUUGCUGUGUUUCAUGCAGAUCUAUCAGCAGAAAUGUACUUCUUAAAACUUGAGGAAUUACACCAUUUUAGGGAAAAUAAGCUGUGAAAACAGUAGAAAUUAUAUUAAAAAUUAAAUUAAAAAGAGAGGGUUGAGAUGGAGGUUUUAAAAUGAUGACCAUGACCUUUAAAAGGCCAGGAUUCAAACUCUUAAACAGCAACCACACACACAUGGACGCACACACACACACUCACAAUUGAGUAUACACACUACAAAAUAUGAAAGUAGAGGACUUUGCGUGAAGACGCCACAAAGGUACACCUAGCUGGCUCAAAGUAAAUAAAGUCGAUCUGGAUAUCAAUUACAGAGUGUAUGCUCAUGGAGGAUAACAUCAGUGAGUCUUUAUCAGUUUUUAGAUUUUUCAUCAAAUCUUUAGACGAGUAAACCAAAAUGUGUGUAACGUGGCACACAGACACGUCUGUUGUGUUCAGAUCCCGAAUCCUGAUGUGAACAUACUGUACUGUGCUGUACCAAAUAAAACUUGGAAUCAUC